GUACAGUGGGGACUGUGAGAAGUCUAGCUGGAAGGGAGGCGCAGCAGCAAACUUCAGAGCAGAGCGUGUCUGGGCUGUGCUGCGAGUGAGGCUGGUGGAGCAUCGUUGUUUUGGUUUCGGAUCCUACACAGAACUCAAGGGGUUUUUUAGAGGGUGUAUUUCAGUAGGGGCGACAUGACCGCCUCCCAUCUUCUAUUUGUGCCCAUGCUACUCCAGAGCCUCCUGUUCUCGGGAGUGCUCUGCGAGGCCAUGAGAUUCCACACAGACGAGGAACAGCCGCCCGGCACUGUCGUCGGGGUGCUGAUGGAGGAGCUGCUGCAGCUCGGCUCAAGAGUGGACGGGCCCCCCAGUAGCUUCCGCCUAGUGAAGCAGGCGGGCAACAGCUCGCUGGUGCGGGUCCGCGAGCGGGACGGCCAGCUGAGCCUGGGCUCGGAGCGCCUGGACCGCGAGCAGUUGUGCGCGGCGGGCGGGCAGGCGGAGGAGGAGGCGUGCGUGCUGGCCUUCGACGUGGUGAGCCUGGGCGGGCCGCGCGGCGGCGCCCAGCAGUACCGCCUGCUGCACGUGGAGCUGGAGGUGCGCGACAUCAACGACCACGCGCCGCGCUUCCCGCAGCCGCUCAUCGCCCUGGAGGUGUCGGAGAGCGCCGCGCCGGGCACCCGCCUGCCGCUGGGCCUGGCGCACGACCUGGACGCGGGCUCCAACGGCAUCCAGAGCUUCGCCGUCUCGCCCAACAGCCACUUCGGCCUGGAGGUGCAGAGCCGCGCCGACGGGCUGAAGUGCGCCGAGCUGGUGCUGCUGAGCGAGCUGGACCGCGAGGCGCAGGCCUCCUACCGCCUGGAGCUGGUGGCCAAGGACGGCGGCAGCCCGGCGCGCUCGGGCACGGCCACGGUCAGCGUGCGGGUGCUGGACGCCAACGACAACGCGCCCGCCUUCCCGCACGGCGCGCUGCUGACCGUCGAGCUGCCCGAGGACGCGCCGCCGGGCUCGCUGCUGCUCGACCUGGACGCGGCCGACCCGGACGAGGGCGCCAACGGGCAGCUGCUCUACGCCUGGGGCAGCCAGGUGCCGGCCGAGGCGCGCGCCCUCUUCGGCCUCGACCCGCUCUCGGGCCGCCUCAGCCUGCAGGGCGCCGUCGACUACGAGCUGCAGCGCGCCUACGAGCUCGACGUGCAGGCCAGCGACCGCGGCGCCAGCCCCCUGGCGGCCAGCUGCAAGGUGGUGGUGCGCCUGCUCGACGUCAACGACAACGCGCCCGCCGUGGCCAUCAGCGCCCUCAGCGGCAGCGGCGGCAGCAGCGGCCCCUCUUCCCCGGGCUCGGCACAGGCCUCCGCCUCGGACCCCGCCGCCGCCGCCGCCGCGGUGGUGGCCUACGUGAGCGAGGCGGCGGCGGCCGAGAGCCUGGUGGCGCUGGUCAGCACCUCGGACGGCGACGCGGGCGCCAACGGGCAGGUGCGCUGCGCGCUGCUGGCCGCGCCCCACGAGCCCUUCGCCCUGCAGCGCGCCUACGACGCCAGCUACGUGGUGCUCACCACCGGCGCCCUGGACCGCGAGCGCGUGGCCGAGUACAACCUGACGGUGGUGGCCGAGGACCUGGGCUCGCCGCCCGCCAAGACGGUGCGCCGCCUCACCGUGCGCCUGGCCGACGAGAACGACAACGCGCCGCGCUUCGCCAAGGCCCGCUACGAGGUGGCCGUGCUGGAGAACAACCCGCCCGGCGCCUACCUGGCCGCCGUCCUCGCCGCCGACCCGGACCUGGGGCCCAACGGCAAGGUCACCUACCGCCUGCUGGAGGAGCCAGUAACUGGAUCCCCCGCCCCAUCCCAACUGAUCUCGGUGGAUCCCCACAGUGGGGUCAUCCGAGCCCUGCGGUCCCUGGACUACGAGCAGCGGCUGCAGCCGCUAGAAGUAGGGAUCGAAGCUUGCGACGGAGGCGCCCCGCAGCUCUGCCAGCGGACUCGGGUUGGGAUCACUGUGGUGGACCAGAACGACAACCCACCGCAGAUCACCUUCCCGCUGCUGGUCAACGGCUCUGCGGAUCUCCCGCUGCCUCUCAGAGCUCCCGUCGGUUUCCUGAUCGCUCGGGUAGUAGCCAGGGACGCAGACGAUGGCCCCAAUGCCGAGCUCUCUUUCUCUAUCGUGGGGGCCAAGCCCAAGCUCUUCGCUAUCACUCCCCUGACGGGAGAACUCUUUCUGAGGCAGAGACUUCCUGGGGGCGUCUCGUCGGAAACGGCCUUUUCCUUGGUCGUCGCCGUCGAGGACGGCGGGAGGCCUUCCCUGACUUGUACUGCCAUGCUGCGGCUUAUUCCCACGGACACACUACCCUCUAGCGUGGAGAUCGUGGUCAUGCAGCCCUCGGCGACCGAAGAACAGACCUUAAAUCUCUCGGUGGUCUUGAUUGCGGUGCUGGCAGGAGGCUGCGGGUUGUUGCUGGUCGCCAUCCUCUUGGUGGUAGCCUCCACCUGCAGGAGCAAGAAGAGCCUCUUCGGAGUCAUGCCCCCAGAAUCGAUGCGAUGCAAGGCAGGGAGGCUGAUGCCGGCAGCAGAGAAGCCUGCAUCGGAAUGUGUGGACUUGCUCAGCACGCAUUUGGUCUUGAGCGCUGCUGCUAGGUCCGGGCCAGAAGGAAGAAGUGGAGAGCCUUUAAGCGUGGCCGUGAGGAGCAUCUCCAGUUACGCCUCUCAGGUUCACAUUCCUUUUCAACCCUCAUCUGUAUGGGAGGAGGGGCAAUCGGCUUCAAACUUCAGUACUCAUUCAACUCCAGAUCAACUGAGUACAAAAGACAGUGGGAAAGGAGACAGUGAAUGUAAUGACAGUGACUCUGAUGUUAGCAGGGAAGGAGUGAAGAAAUCCUCAGCAGAAAUGAUUGAGAAAGAAGUUGGGACUGCAACCUUUGCCAAAGGACAAUCUUACAGAGAGGCAGAAAACAGAGGGCUGCAUGUCCACUUAUCUUCAAAAAGUAAAAGUCUUCCAAUUCAUUACGAACAUGGGGGUACAAUUGCAUAUCCUGCAACUCGGAUUUAUGAACAUCUUCCUCAGCUGAGAAAAUCUCUUUUUCCUUCUGAGUUCUCAACACAACAUGAAGGCUGCUCUCCCGUUCAGACUGAAAGACUUCAGAGUGUCUAUGAAAAAAUUCUUAAUGGCAGGACAGACUUGACUGCUUCUUCAAGACAGUACAAAGAAUUAAACUAUCCUCCACAGAAUUCUUUAUCAACAGAUCUCUCUGAGAUAGCAACAUCAUUUUGACAGAGCAAUGGAAAGAGCACUCAGAAGUGUAUAGUGAGGUUUUGUGUGUGCAUAACCUAGCCAAAGUUUAGCAUUUUAAAGUCCCAUUGGACUAAUGGAGUUAAAACAUGCUGGUGGACAUCCGGACUAGUGUUGCGCUUAUAUAGGGGUGCUCAACCCAAAUGUCCUGAUGGGCAGAAACCAACCAUGACUUUGUGUGCACGGUCAAGGUCGUGCACAAUAGACAAUACUGAGCUAGAUAGACCAGUGGUCUGACUCAAUAUAUAGCAGUUUCCUAUGUUCCUGUGUUUUAGGGCAUUGAUUAUUAAAUUAAUAUUUAAUUAAUUAAAUUGAGUCAGAUUAAAUUGAAUUAAAAUUUAUUUUUAAAUUUAAUUCCACCACCCACAUUCGAAGGCAGCCCUCAGCCCGCCCGCCUGCAUCUAUCCUUCCCCUCCGGGCAACUUCCCUCCAGUUUCAAAAGUCGCCACUGCUGCCAGCUACCUCAAAGGCCUCCUGUGUCUUCAUCAGGGUGCAUGCGCCCCCUCAUUCCCAGGAAGCUCUCAACUUUCAGAAGCAGAGUGGCUCAGGAGCCGUGGUGAGCGGCUGAGGGAGGCGGUGGCACUGCCUCCACAUCGCAGUAGCAUGCCACCUCACCAUCACUCCUGUUGAUCACCUGUCAGGGCUCCCAGAGCCAUCCUGCUGCUCUUGGGCCUGGGAGGUGGGUGGCAGCGGUGGCCACAACUUUUGAAAUGAGGGGUGUUGGUCAGAGGCGGGGGGUGUGUGGCUGAGGGCUGCCUUCCAUUGUGGGCCGGCAAAAUGUGCCCGCGGGCCAGAUAUUGUGCAGCCCUGCACUAGUGCAACAACUAGUUAACACAAGCUUGAAUAUGUCCUAGAGAAGAUCUAGUUGUGGUGCUUUGCAUCAUUGUGCAAUGACAUGGGACAUAUUCAGAGUUGUGUAGCCAGUUGUGCAGUGUAUUGUGAAAUUUGUUGUGCAACUGUUGACAAGUUGUUAAAAUCAAUAGCACAAGCAGUGGUCUGGAACACAUUUUCCUUUCUUUGUACAUUGUCCUUAAACUAGUGCAACAUUAGUUAGAUGUAGGCCGCUUAACUUUGGUUGGCUCAUGUUCUAUAUUUGUGCAAAAAUGUUGCCUGGAGAGGUGCAUAAGGGAAAUUCAGAAAUGUAAAUAUUUUCUUAAGUUAUGGCACAAGAAAUCAGUCUAGACAAAUGUUUUUUCUGUGUAUUAUUUUAUUAGAGUCUAUGUGCAAAGAACUAUAAAAAGUGAACACAUUGUUAAUGAUAGAGGCUAUAAGAUGUGCUUUUAAUAUUUUUAAAUAAAUUACACACAGGAAUACAAAGCAAAAGUUUAUGAAUGCCUUGAAAAUUAUACAGGCUGGUUUGUUCCUUGGAA